GUGCACAGAGUUUACCUGGUCACCGCGGUAUUGCAAGCCUCUCCUCCUCGCGUUGCUGAGAGUCCGGGUUUAUUCAUCACAAUGGGUGGGUCCCGAUCUCCCCUCCCUGAGACUACCGCAACGGGGCAUUGGAAUGCGUCUCCCCUGGGCAGAAAGCAAUGGCUGCUAAAGAGUAUAAAAUGCUCUCCUCCUGUCAGCCAUCAUGUCUGGGGACAACAGCUCCAGCCUGACCCCAGGAUUCUUUAUCUUGAAUGGCAUUCCUGGGCUGGAAGCCACACACAUCUGGAUCUCCCUGCCAUUCUGCUUUAUGUACAUCAUUGCUGUUGUGGGGAACUGUGGGCUCAUCUGCCUCAUCAGCCAUGAGGAGGCCCUGCACCGGCCCAUGUACUACUUCCUGGCCCUGCUCUCCUUCACUGAUGUCACCUUGUGCACCACCACGGUACCUAAUAUGCUGUGCGUAUUCUGGUUCAACCUCAAGGAGAUUGACUUUAAUGCCUGCCUGGCCCAGAUGUUUUUUGUCCAUAUGCUGACAGGGAUGGAGUCUGGGGUGCUCAUGCUCAUGGCCCUGGACUGCUAUGUGGCCAUCUGCUACCCCUUACGCUAUGCCACCAUCCUUACCAACCCUGUCAUCGCCAAGGCUGGUCUUGCCACCUUCUUGAGGAAUGUGAUGCUCAUCAUCCCAUUCACUCUCCUCACCAAGCGCCUGCCCUAUUGCCGGGGGAACUUCAUCCCCCACACCUACUGUGACCGUAUGUCUGUGGCCAAGGUAUCCUGUGGCAAUUUCAAGGUCAAUGCUAUUUAUGGUCUGAUGGUUGCUCUCCUGAUUAGUGUGUUUGAUAUCUGCUGUAUCUCUGUAUCUUACACUAUGAUUUUGCAGGCUGUUAUGAGCCUGUCAUCAGCAGAUGCUCGUCACAAAGCCUUCAGCACCUGCACAUCUCACAUGUGUGCCAUUGUGAUCACCUAUGUUCCUGCUUUUUUCACUUUUUUCACUCAUCGUUUUGGAGGACACAAUAUCCCAAACCACAUACACAUCAUCGUGGCCAACCUUUAUCUGCUACUGCCUCCUACCAUGAACCCAAUUGUUUAUGGAGUCAAGACCAAGCAGAUUCAGGAAGGUGUAAUUAAAUUUUUACUUGGAGACAAGGUUAGUUUUACCUAUGACAAAUGAAACAUAGAAUAGACAUAUUGUUUCAGGUGGUGAGAAAAUAAUGGAGACAAAAUUUCACAAAAGAUGUGAAUAAAAUGGUAUUAAAAUCAUGACAUGCAAUUUACCCAUGUAACAAACUUGCACAUGUACCUAAAAUAAAAAUAGAAAUAAAAAAUCAAAAUAAAGACAUAAAUUUGUAAGUC